AUGUCUAAACUAUUUGUAUGUGAAUACCCAGAUUGUUCAAAGCUGUUUUCAAGAAAAGACCACUUAAAGAGACAUAAUUUGAAUCACAAUAAUUCAUUCCCACAUGAAUGUUCCAUCUGCCUCAUGAAGUUCAAGAGAGCAGAUGUCAAACAUGAACAUUACGCAAAGCACUUUCAACCAAAUGGAUUCAAACGCAAAAGUCGUACCAAAGUGAAUACCGUAACCACUCCAAGUCCUCCUAUUUCAGAAUCUCUGGCCUUGAACUGGCUUUUUGAAGAAAGUUCCUUUGAAAAUAAUCAAAUCCAGUUAAUUAAUUCUACCAUUUUCGAUAACCAAGCCAACUCCAUGUUGAUGGAAUUAUUGGGCUCUAAUUUGGAUCAAUUCCCUUCUGUCUUAAUCAACUUUUCAGCAGUUUCUCCAGAGUUAUUAGCGUUAUAUGUUGAUGCUAUCCCUCAAUUAGUCCAACAUCCCGAUUUCAUUUCCCUGUCGUUGGAGUACUGCUUGACAGUAUACUGGGAGAUUUUCCAUGUACAAUUCCCCAUACUUCAUAAGCCCCUGUUCAACACUUUGGCAGUGUCCCCUCUAUUAACUUUGUCGAUGAUAAUGAUGGGUGCAGUUCUCUCGUAUUCUUCACAGACUGCUUCUCCGUUAAUAGAUGCAAGUGGGCUUCUGCUAUUAAUCGGAUCUGAAUUACGCUGGCUUAUCUUCAGACACAGAAGACCUAAUAAGUCUGACCCAUGGGAAUUACAAAGUUUGUUGAUUUUGGAAGUCUACGAGAAACACUAUGCUAAUAGAGAUUUGCACGAACGGUCUUCUAUUCAUCAGGCUGCUAAGAUUGAAAUGAUGAAAAGAUCGACAUUGCUAGGUGGUGACCCUUAUUCCAGCGAGAGCAUGUCUUCUGCUGAGUUAAAACAAGCACAAAAUGAAGUCUUGUUGGCGAAAUGGGUGGCAGCAGAAUCCAUGAAACGAUGUUUGCUUAUGUCUUUUGUGUUUGACUUGACGAGCUCAAUCAUCUCCUCCCAUUGCUCUCUGCUUUUCGUGGAUAAACUAAAGCUUUCGCUCCCCUGUGACGAUAUAAUCUGGGAAGCUGACUUAAGCACAUUGAAGAAUAUUGCUUUACCGCAGAAGCCUCCUUCUAUAAGAUCCUGUUUCAAUAAAUUAUUGCAGGGUGAAAAAAUUGAGGCUAGCUCCUUCGGAAAUAAGGUGUUAUUCCAUGCUAUUACCUCGCUAAUAAUUCAAUUAGAACAGAGAGACGACACAUUGUCUUUGAUAAAUGGUUUGAAACCAGAUAUCUUAAAUGACAACUGGAGGCUUAAGAUUUCUUUUGCGCUUGAUUCGUGGAAGUUUAAUAUCAAUCAAGGCUCAUGUUGUAAUAUUGAUAGUCUCCUAAUUGAUUUGAGAGUCAGAAACAAGCCCACUACAAAAUAUUUUGAGUUGAAUGAACCGCGAUGUAAAAUGCCGGUAUAUCAUAUGGCUCAUAUUCGCCUUCAUAUCAUUAACCAUGAUCUUCUUAUCUAUGCUGGUGUACCUGCCAGAAUGAAUGUGGUUGCGAAUAAGCAAGAUUAUGACAACGUAGCCGAAAGAAUGGUAAAGUGGGCUAAUUCAGUGAAUGGCAGGAUGGGAGUUAUACAUGCGUAUCUUUGCCUAUUCGAGUGUUUGUUACCCGUGGACCAAGGCGAUAUAGAUUACAAGCCAGCUACCGAUCCAAUUCCAGAGAGACCUCAUGUUAUAGUCGACUCUUGCUUAACUAUAUGGGGAUAUAAUUUUGUGCUAUGGGGACCAGAAUCUGACAGGUACAAUUCAGGAGAACUUGCAUUCAAGGAGUCGGGUUCUGAGUAUCUACUGAGGAUGAAACUGAUUCUUGGGACAGCUUUGGCUGAGAAUAAUGCCCAGGACUUCUAUUUAAGUGUGAAGCGGCUAGCCAAAUCUUUACUUACUGUGCCGAAUACUAGAAAUUUGGCAGGUUUUAUGAAUGAGAUGUCUAGAAUAUACUCCCAGUGUUUUUGGACCUUAGGUCAGGAAUACUCCAGGCUCUUUGCUAGUUGUGCCGAAAGGUCGAUGGGUAGAGGCGAAGUAUUUUGUGCUAACAUGUAUAAAGAAUCUAUAGUCUAA